AACAUUGGUCGGCUGGUCGCCGAAUCCCAGAAAGAGUCUACGAAAUCUUCGUUGAGAUUCGUUCGUCAUCGAGUCGGCGGUAUCGACUGUUCUUCGUUUCAGUUUCUUGUAUUUUGUUGUUCGUGUGUAAAAGAAAUGGUUCUCUAAAAAAAAAAUUUAAGAUUAUCGGCGUGUUUAUCAGUGCCUUACGCCAUAGUGUAUACGGUUUCUGUAUUUGACUUCAUUUGUGAUAUCGUCUAGUGAAAAUAACUAUGAGAGGGUACUACAUCGUGAUGGAGAAAAAGAUGGUGUAGCAGCGAUGGUGAAAGAAGCGAACAAACAGGGCUAGGCCACCUGCCAGUGAUAACUCGAACGUGACUUCUUACGAGGUCGUUGACAUUCUGCGUCAUUCCUCCUUGAUUUGGGGUGUUUUAGUCAAUAAUUGUGGUGUCUUGAGAGGGAAGGCUCAGUCAUGGACUAUCCAGAUGCUUCCUAUUCGCAGCCACUCAGACUGACUUAUUCCUUACAUUCCAAAACUAUGAUGGAAUCUAUUCAAUCUUGUCAGAGAAGACUGUGUUACACAGAUGUACAGCUUAUAUCUGAAGGAGGGAUUGUCUUUGCUCAUAGCAUAGUCUUGGCUGGUGCAAGCAAUUUCCUCAAACAUCUAUUGAUCAGUAAUCCUGAUCCUACAAUCGUGAUUCAUUUGCCUGGUGUUGAUUAUGAGCCUCUACGUUUGCUGCUUGAAGUUUUGUAUGGUGGGGAGGAACUACAAUUGACUCUUAAGCAGGUUGUAGCCCUGCAGGACCUUGGUUCCCUUCUUCACAUUGACAUGUGUAACUCUGCAGCAAUGGAACAGGCAUUCCUUCAAGCAUCUCAAGAAGGUGUUCUAUCCAUUCCUGGAUCUCUUCAGCAUUCAGUUGACAUUAUCCCAUAUAGUAAUGAGUCCAGUCCGGCUCCUACUCCUCAACCUCCGCAACAUUUCGAAUUGCCUUCUCGGCGCACUCCAGCCAGAUCCAGUAACAGCCCUGGGAAAGCUGGUCAUAACAACAAUAACAACAAUAAUAAUAACACUACCAGCACCAAGAAACGUAAAAGCGGAGCCCACAGUAGCCCUGCCACCAUGGCACCUUUCUCUUUGUUGUCGAACGUGACACCUAAUCGUGCUGGCCAGGGCACCAAACGUAGUUUGAAUGACGAGUCAAUUGCUGACGACGGCGAAGACAUGGAGAAGAUCGCAAUAGUCCACCCUCCCAAGAAACUCUCGCGAGCUGCCCUGAAAGAAAUGGUGACGUGUCGCGAGUGCCACACCCCGUUCAAGUUGAUCAUGCAACUAAACCAACACAUGAACCGUGAAGGUCAUUUGUUUCCUCCUUGCCCGGAAUGUGGUAUCAUCCACUCGACCCUUGAGUCCUUGAUUUCUCAUGUCGAUGUGCAUCCAGCUGAAACUGUAUUCACCUGCAAAUACUGCCAAAAAGGUGUUCUGGGUCACGAUCGCUACCUCUACCACAUGCUCAUGUGCAAGAGCCUCAUUCGCGGGGAUUAUGUUUGUUUCAUCUGUCGCAAGUCUUUCCGAAAUUCGGGCAGUCUUAAGACUCAUUUGCUUCUGCACACGGGCGCAAAGCCUUUCCCUUGCAAUUAUUGCUCGGCCUCCUUCCGCCAGCGACACCACCGUUCCCAUCACGAGCGCUCGGUGCAUUUGAUGCAAGGACUGAUCAAUGCAGACCAGGUGGAAACGGCAGCAGCUGCUACCACAGCGGAUCAAGAAGUGUCAACAACACCUCAGUCGGUGGUGGACGGAAGUCGACCUUUCCCAUGCGGAUUCUGCAAUGCAGCCUUCCGUCAAUCAAAUCAUCGGUCGUAUCACGAAAGAGUGAUUCAUGGUGUUGAUCGCCGGACACGUCAGCCUAAAGGCGGACCAAUGACACGGAUUCCUACCGCUGUUGGUGCCGGAAACGUUGCUAGACCUAAGGGAGCCAACGGUGGAGCUAGGAAAUCUAUUACACGACCAAGUGUUGGCAAUGGUUUUACAUCCGCCGUCGAAGCGGAUGAUGACGAAGAGAUUGAUGAUGGAGAAGAUGCUGAAGAUGUGGAUGCCGAAGAUGCCGAUCCUGACGCCGAGGAUGGUGAUAUAGUCGAAGAAGAUGGAGAAGCUGAAGUAGAGGGAGAAGCAGAUGGUUGGAUCGAUGAGGAAGUUGCUAGUCUAGAUCCUGAUGCCGAGGACGAUGACCAGGAAGAAGAGGAAGAGGGGGGAGAAGAAGAGGAAGAGGAGGCAGGAAGUGAAAUUGCUGCUGACGCAGUGAGUGUAGCCUCUGCUGGAACCAAAGUUGAUUCAGAGGCAGAAGAUGCCGCCUGACAACGAGUAAUUUCAAUAACUGAAAGCCCCUAAGAACACUAUGAAAUUUGACUAAACAGCACCAAAACCCACAAUGCCUUAAGGACCUUUUUAGUUCCCCCUCCCUUUCUCCCUAAUCUAUGUUUUACUUUCCUUACAGGUUUUUAGACAGCGCGCAAAAUACUUGUAAUUGAGUUGAUAUCUGCAUAAGAUGUCGUUUUGAUUUUUAAAUGAUGUUCCACUUGCGCAUCUCUCGCUAUAAUUUUUACUUCUAUCAUGUCACAAUGUGUCUUAUUUGCUGCCUGAUGUUUUUUUCUCGUCCCACUUUUACAAAUUGCCUUUGUCUUGUGUAUGUCACGGGAAUAUUAAACUUUACGUGUUAAAAGUGA